UGAUACACAGAGCCAGCUGGGUUUAUCAGACAGUGAGCUGGGAACACAGAGGGAAAGAUACAACGAGGAGAGCAAGAGAUAUAGAGGCAAGAUUCAGUGAGUGUGUGUGCAUGUGUGUGUGCAGCAGCAAGUACCUUCUGGCAUCUGAACCAAUCAAGAGCCGUGCAGAAAAAUAUAGACAGAGGGAGCCCAUUUAGAUUCUUAGUCUGAGAGCUAGACAGUGUGUUUAUUGAAUCAGAGUCAGGGAGAGGGAACGGAAGUGUCUUCUUUGGAGGAGCACAGCUCACCCUUUCUCUUGUUUGCUGAGUCGUGCUGGGUGAAAACAGAUGGACAAGAUGAACCACAGCUCAGCUGAAGCAGAGGCUGAAAGCAUAGAACCACUGCGUUACCUCAGCAAAGGGGAGGCGGCAGCUAUAGAGGCAGAACUGCUGAAAGACUACAGGUUUGGACAACAGCAGCUGAUAGAGAUUUGGGGACAGGCGUGUGCCCUCGCCAUCACUAAGGCCUACCCUCUCAGCUCACUAGCAAAGAAGCAGCCAACAGUGCUAGUGAUCUGUGGUCCAGAUCAAAAUGGCUCCAUUGGCUUGGUGUGUGCCCGACACCUGCGCAUAUUUGACUAUGAGCCCACCAUCUACCACCCAAAGCGUUCGCCUCACAGUCUGCACCAGGAUUUCACGGUUCAGUGUGAGAAGAUGGACAUCCCUUUCCUCUCCUAUCUCCCAACAGAGGUGCAGCUUAUAAAUGACGCCUACAACCUAGUGAUUGAUGCCAUGCUGGGCUCGGAGUCAGACUGUUCCAACAUUAAGGAGCCAUAUUCUGGUAUCCUGGUCACGCUGAAGCAAAUCAAGAUUCCCAUUGCUAGUGUGGAUGUGCCUUCAGGUUGGGAUGCUGAAGAGCCAAGUCAGGAUGGGAUAAAUCCAGAAGUUCUCAUCUCUCUAACAGCACCAAAAAAGUGCGCUAUGAAUUUCUCUGGGAAGCAUUUCCUGGCCGGGCGCUUCCUGCCCUACGACAUUCAGAAAAAAUAUGAGUUAAAUCUUCCAGACUACCCUGGAACGGACUAUCUUAUAGAAUUGUAACACAUAGAAAUGUAAGAGCCAGUGCGGUCUCUCUUAACUUCUUUGCAUUUUAUAGAUUGUUACUGUGAUUUAAUGUUAACAUCUCAGCUGUUUAGAUCUGGAAACACAUUAGCCAAAUGUGCUGUUGAGCUACUGUAGAAAGAUGAUAUUUAGAAGCCGUGGUUUGAGUUGUGUCUGUUUAGGGAAUGGCAUGAGGAGUUUAGUGUCAGUCAAUUAGUAAAAGUUCUAGCAUUACACUGUUUCUGAUUUCCAGUCAGCAAAGAAAGACUUAUUUAUAGGAUGCUAAUUACAGGAAAAAUUUCCCCUUUGAAUAAAUAAUUUUGUCGUUCUUAAGUUUACUUUGCGUUCAUCUUACUACUUGAGUGUGCUGCUGCAAUGAUCUGGAGUAGGUUGUAAAUGUUCUAUGCUUAUUUCUUUAUUUGUUUGGUUUGUUUAGUUAGCCUUCACCUCAGUAUUAUUUUGUCUUGGUUACCUCAUUUGCUUUUAUAUAAGGCCUGCACAGUUCUUGUUGUCCAAUAAAGAAAAGGUUACAUUUCAAAAA